CUGACAGGGGAGGGGAUGGAGCAGAACGCUCCUCCCGCUCCUGCUCCGCUCCGCCCAUCCCGCCCAGCUGGGGCUCCGGCAGGAGAGACACUGUCCCGGGAGCGGGGGGCCAUGGCCGGGUCCUUUCCCCCGGGACUAACCCGCCCGAACCGACACCACAUCCCAGGGUAUUCCGGGCACUGCCCACAGCUCCGCUUCAGCCUGGGCCACACCUAUGGACAUUUGACUGCCCGGCUGCUGCGGGACCCUCCGGCCCCAGCCCGGCCCCCCACCCGCUAUGUGCUGCUGGCCCCGACCCAGCCUCCGCGGUCCCCUGAUCUCCCCCGCAAGGAACGGCUUUCCUGGCACGGACAUGAGAGACUUAGCUGCAGCCUGGUUCCAGGGUACACAGGCUUUGUGCCUCGGGCCCGGCCCAUCUUUGCCAAGAGCUACAGCCGGGUUUGUGCUCAGGCCCUGAGCGAGUUUACACACCAGGGGGUGAGACCCAGGGAGCAGACCGGAGUCCUGAAGUCACAGCCACCCACAGCCGAGUGUGAGCCCACCUCACCCCGAGACUCCCCUUACUCGAGGGAGAACAGGGACCCCGGCAAAGGCUUCGUCUCAGGUUUCACUGGCUUCGUGCCCGGUGCCCGCUUCCUCUUCGGCUCCGGAUUCCCCGUCCUCACCGACCGGGCUCUGCGGGAGUUCAGGCGGCUCGGCCCACGGAAGGGUCAUGCCGAGCUCUUCCCGCCGCUCGACAGCACCUACCCCAGAGCCCUGGCUGUGCCGCCUCACUCCAGGGGCCCCGUGCCAGGUGAGGGCCCAGCAGCCUGAGACUGACAAACAGCCAGAGAGGCCGUCCCAACUCGCCAGCCUCCUGCACCAAGCCCUGGGGACCCUGUGACAUGGGGGGGGGGGGCGCAAAGAGAAUAAACUCACGAGGGAGGACGCAAGGCCACGGUCUGAAAUAGGGAGGACACCGCAGGAGGGAGGACGUAGGGACGGACACUCAGGCUGAACGGUACGAGGGCGGGAGAGGCGGGGCAAAGAGGGGGCCUGUGCAAGACAGGUGGCCGGGCCACGCCGACCUGGCUAAAGGAAACCCUCGGGACUGGGUUGGGGAGGCUUCAGCUCUAGUAAGGGCUCUCCUGAGGCCACGGGGUAGAUACUCCAGUUCGGUCCCACCUGGGUUUCUUAACCCUCGUGCCUGGGCGUCGGCAGGCUCCGGAAGCGGCUCCCGGCCUAAGACCCUAGGCUUCGGCCUCCUCUGGGCUGUUGGGGGAAUGGGGUGCGGCGGGUGCCACUUCUUGCUGAGAACCUUUUUUAUUAAUAUGCAUAAAUAAAUAAAUAAACCCA